AUGGUCCAGUCCGCAAGGCAGACGGCGGGUGAACCCCGUGAACGACAGCAUGGAGAAGCCCAAGGCGUGAAGCGACGUGAGAAAAAGCGACGCCGGCCUUACAUGCGGGAUGAAUAUGCACAGGCAAUUCUGUUAUAUUCCCAACAAUCUGUGACGCGGUCCCUGUACGCGGGAGUUCAUUUUGAGAAUCUGGCCCGUUACUUGCAGCAGCCAUACGAGGCACAAGUACCGGAUCUGGUCGCCAAUAAACGCGACGCAAAUAUUGACCCGGCCUUCAACUUCGUCACGUUCUAUAAUCUCGAUCCCUCCACAGAUACACGAGAAACUUACAUUAAUUCGCCGGACGUCUUUGAGAACAAGGCAAAGGAAUUGGCCGAUUCUCCCUACGGUCGCUUGAUAUUCAUGAGGGGCCAUCCGUCGCCAGAAUGGCUGCUGACAAUCGGCGCAACAUAUCAAGUUGACCCUGAAUUUUUUCGGAGACAUCUGGACUUUCGGCACGGUCUGCGAGACCAUUAUUCGUUGCCCUCGCUGCCAUCCACGCUAAGUACCGCAUUCACACUACGUGUAGCGACGAUAGGCGCAUCUGUCGCAAAGACGAAGACAGACUCCGAGCAAGACACCAUAGAAAUACUCCGCGAGGAAAAUAAGCUACAGCUCAACGAAUACCGGGAAAAACUCAAAAUUCUCACCCAAAUGAAACUUGGUGACUCAAUAGUGCGGGACUUGUCUAUCCAUGACCUCCAACAAUUUUCUAUUGAGCAAGAUAUCUCGCUAUAUGUGGGCACAUGUGGGGCAGGAUGGUUCGCUUUGAUCUGGCUCGACACAACCAGCAAUUUGAAGGAAGGUGCAACCUCGUUUCUUACCAGCCCACUGCGGACGGGAUCCUGGAUGAUAUCCUCGGUACCUGUAAUCCAGCAUCGGGCAGGUCUUGCCCUUAGACAGCCUCGCAAGCUUCGGGAACGUGCCGCAGAAGAGGCCGACAUGGAUGGCCCCAAGCCCUCAGAAAGAAUGGUGCAAAGUGCAUGCCUUCUCCAUCUUGAUUAUGGCCUUGACCUAGACAAGGCCCUUGCUGCAGGGAACAGCUUCUACGCUCUGCAUGAGAUUCUGGUAUUUGCAGCCUUUUCGGAAAAUCAGUUUCUUAAUAUGCUUGAAACGAAACUACUCAACGAACUCGACCCCGCGUUUCUGGUCCAACAGAGAAACCCGACUUUGUCUAAUCUGCUCUACCACCAACGGGUAUUGGACAGACAUAUCCAACGAAUCAAGGAUAACCUGGCCGCAUUCAAAGGCAAAGGAUCUCUAGGAUGGCCCGGAUCGACUUUAGAGCCAGAAAAGCAACGAAUUGUUGACGAUGUUGCUGAAAAGCUUAUUGGUGAUUAUGAAUACCUACUUUCUCGUUCAUUGACUUUAUCCGGGCAGUGCAGCCGCGGGAUGCAGGUUGUCAUGAAUAACGCCAUGAUCAAGGAGUCCCGCGAUGCCAUGAGUCAGGCCGAAGGCGUGGUAAAGCUCACACGCCUCGCUUUUAUCUUUGUACCGCUCACUUUCACUGCGUCCUUUUUUGGCAUGAACUUUGCUCAGUUUGGACAAGGAGACCUCAACAUAUGGAUAUGGUUCGUUGUUUCAACACCUGUCUUUAUACUAUCGCUGCUUUUGAUGAGAGCUACGGCCGAGCCAGGCCGUGAUGUCAACAACCGCGCCCUCCCCCCCAACCAAAAAUAG